AUGGCGGCGUGCGUGUCGGUCGCGUCGGACGCGGCGGCGGUCGCCGGCCUGGCCACGGCGUGCGUGGCCGCGGCGCGCGGCAGAAGGAGGCCGCGGACCCCCGGGGGAGCCGAGCCGUCGAGCCCCUUCCGCCUGUCGGCGUCGCUCGACGAGGGAGACGACGUCGAUCUCAACCCCCUGAAGCCGGUGGUGGCGACUCCACGUUCCUAUGCCAGGGCCAAGUAUUUCGAGAGGAAAAGCAGCGACGACGAUGAUUGUGACGAUGAUGCAAGUGGAGCGCAAGCGGCACAUCGCAACGACAUCGUCACCAUCGUGUUCCAGGAGGGCGAGGAGUCGUGUGUGUCCUUCAAGCCCUCCAUGAUCCGCUCGCAUUUCACGCACUGCGCAUCUUCUCCGAGCAGAGCACUACGCAUCUUCUCCGAGGAGAGCGUGCCGCUGUUUGGGCCCCCGCUGCCCACUCCGCCGGUGUUCACCGACCACCACGAGUUCCGGGACUUCCUCCUCGUCAAGCUGAUCAACGGAGAGAAAGCCACUCUGGAAACGCCGACAUUUGCGCAGAAACGCCAGCGGACGCUGGACAUGCUGAUACGCUCCAUGUACCAGGACUACACUCCCGACCUCUACAAGAACAUGCUGAACCGCCGCUCUCUGAGUGACGUGCUGCCCGAGUCGCCGCGCUCGGCGAGGAAGAAGGAGGAAGCACGCCGGGCGGAGUUCGUCCGCGUUGGGCAGGCGCUAAAGCUGAAGACGAUCGUGCGCGGGGACGCCCCGACGAGUCUGGCGACGACAGGGCUGUGCAGGAAGGAGCCCUGGGAGCCUCAGUGCUACGGGCAGAACUUCCCGUACGAGGUGCACUGCGCCGACUCGUGGCGGAGCGGGCUGCUCGUCUCCACCGAGGCCGGCGUCCUGCUCCUCCACGAGGGACAGCCGCCGCUGCCCGUGCUGGACCGCAGCUUCUCGGUGCGCCAGAUGAACGUGAUCGAGGCGCUGGACAUGCUGGUGCUGCGCAACGAAAAGGGCAAGGAGUCACGUGUGUUCGUGUUCCGCCUGUCGGCCGUCUGGAAGUCGGUGGAGGAGCAGUCCGCGGUGCUCGGACGCGUCGAGUGCCGUGAGCACAAGCUGGAGAAGACCAAAGGCUGCCACCUGUACGCCGUGAACACGCACAGUGCAGCAGGCACACUGCGCGUGGUGAGCGCCACGCGCUACAAGCUGCUGCUCGCCACGUGGAGGCGGCCGCCCGGCGGCGUGACGGCCGCCUCGCCCGUCGAGGAGUUCCAGUACAUACGGGAGAUCUGUCUGUCGGACACGCCGCUGGUGCUGACACUGGUGGACGGCCCCACGGGCGAGAACGACAACGUGCUGUGCGUGGCCUACCGCCACCAGUUCGACCUCGUCAGCGAGAGCACCGGCGAGUGCCACCGCCUGCACACCGUGGACGCCAGCAAGGUGAACUUUGUCGCCGCGAUUGAUCUCUACGAGGAUGGCGAAGCUGGCUUGCUCAUUUGCUUCAACUACACCUGCUUUUACAAGAAGGUGCUGCCCUUCAACGGGAACUCGCCGCAGCUCCAGUCCUCCGCCUCGGACUACCACUUCACGUGGAACCAGCUGCCCAGCGCCAUCGUUUGCGCGUUCCCGUACAUCCUGGCGUUCACCAUCGAAUCCAUCGAGAUCCGGCUCGUCGUCAACGGCAACCUCGUCCACACCACCAUCGUGCCAGACCUAGCCUCAUCUCGUCGCGGGUGUUCGGACAUCUUCUUCAUGGCGUCGGGCCUGGUGACGUCGCGGCGCUGCUCCACGGAGCACAGCGCCGUCACCACGCCGCAGACGCCGCCCGGCGACGAGGAGCCGGCGCUGCCGCCCGCCCUGUCGCAGGACGGGGAGCAUCAGCCGCGUCACAUCUACAAGAUCCCUCUCAGCAACCUGGUGGGGAGGAGCAUCGAAAGGCCGCUCAAGUCCCCCCUUGUGGCCGUGGCCACUAGCCCACAGGCGGCCCCCGGUGGGGGUGGAGGGGGCGGGGGGGGCGCCCAGCCGCCACCCAUCCCAGCGUCGCACUCCCUGCCGUCGACGCGAAUGGAGAUCAAGGAGAUCGCGACGCGCACUCGCAGGGAGCUGCUGGGCCUCUCUGAAGAUCUCCCGCAGGCACGAGGCGAAGCUGCAAGCGGGAAGCAAAGGUGGCCACGGGGGGGGGGGCCCUCCGGGGAGAGAGCGUGCCCCCCACGAUCCACAAGCAGCGACAGGUUCACAUCUCGCAGCUUCGAGUCGUCCUCUUCGUCGGGGGGCUCCGAGCCACCCCCCUCGGCCGGCGCGUCGCAGGAGGCGGACGGCACCGGCGGCGGCGAUGGCGGCGACGUCGUCGGCGUGAUGGCGGCGUGCGUGUCGGUCGCGUCGGACGCGGCGGCGGUCGCCGGCCUGGCCACGGCGUGCGUGGCCGCGGCGCGCGGCAGAAGGAGGCCGCGGACCCCCGGGGGAGCCGAGCCGUCGAGCCCCUUCCGCCUGUCGGCGUCGCUCGACGAGGGAGACGACGUCGAUCUCAAGUGAUGGCGGCUGCGGCGGCGAUGGUGAUGAUGAUGGAUGAUGAUGAUGACGAUGAUGAUGAUGAUGACGAUGAUGAUGACGAUGAUGACGACAAUGAAGAUGAUGACGACGAUGAUGACGACGAUAGCCACACCUCUUUCACCCCUCCCCCCCCCCCCCAUUGGCGCUGGGUCCAUGCACCAGGCGCGGCCAAAGGUCGAUCGCUCGCUCCAUAUUCUCCGGAUCGCUCAAUGCAAGCGGUCCGGGCUUGCAAUAGGGGACUGUCGUCAUUAGGUGCGGCCAUACCUGUCAACCCAUUAUCGGUGCCCGCAUUAUCACAGACCAAUUCAGAGCUUGUUGAUCACCCCAUAGCCCAUCGUGAAUCUCAACGUUCACCCCACAAAGUCCCAUCGCAAGGGAGAAAUGCAAAGAGACCAAAAUUACGGGGGGGGUUUUGGCCAUACUGAAACGGCCGUACGCCCGCAUGGACCUGAAAAACUCAAUUUCCCCAUGCUAGAAUACGGGGUAAACCGUGUGGGUUGACAGGUAUGCAUUACAC